AUGUCUGGCGAUGAUGACUCAAGCGGCUGGCAGCUUACUGAAUCCGAUCCGGGUGUAUUCAGCGAGCUACUGAAGUCACUAGGGGUACCCAUGGUCGUUGAUGACCUAUACUCGCUUGAUGAAGGGGCCUUAGAGUCUCUUCAACCUUUACGCGCCCUCAUCUUCUUGUUCAAAUGGCUACCAGGCGCCGGAGAACCUGAGGCAACCGGCGGCACGUAUGAUGGCGAAUUUCCCGGGUUCUUUGCCCAUCAAACUGUCAACAAUGCAUGCGCGACCCUGGCUGUCAUCAAUGCGCUCGGGAAUAUACCAGAUCUGCCGCAGGGCCCCCAGCUUCAGGAAUUGCUCGAGUUUUGCACUGGCAUGGAUCCACAGACGCGUGGAAUGGUGGUAACGAGCGCAGACUGGUUGCGAGAAGCACAUAAUGCGCUCUCACCGCCAGCAGCCAUCUCCCUUGAUGGUCUAGGUUUGAAGGGUCAGGCAGAAGACGCAUAUCACUUUGUUGUUUACCUACCGGUCUUUGGCUCCAUCUAUGAGCUAGACGGUCUAAAGCAAUCGCCGAUAAGCCAUGGUCCCUACGAAGAGAGUGGAGAAGGGUGGCUCAAGAAGGCCCGUUCCGUUCUUGAAAGCCGUAUAGCGACGUAUCCUCCCGGCUCUUUAGAAUUCAGUCUAUUAGCUUUGCAUGACGAUCCACUGCCUUUGCUUCGCACACAACUCGACAGUGCUCAGAGCACCGGUGACGGGAUCUUGGCUGCCGAAGUCAGUCAGCGCCUCGAAGAAGAGAACGCAAAGCGCGAAAGAUGGGCUUUCGAGAAUGCCUUGAGACGGCACAAUCAUCUCGGUCUGGUGCAUGCCCUUCUCCUUGCCAUGGCGAAAGGCGGUCAACUCGAUAAUGCUACCGACAGCGCUCGCAAGACCAUGGUGGAUCGCAUCGAGGCUCGUCGAGCCAAGGGAGAAACAAUGGAUGAAGACUAA